AUGCCUUGCUUAGAAAAUGCGCGGGCUGCCGACUACAUCCUCGUCACCUGGGACGGACCGAAUGAUCCAGACAACCCUUACAACUGGCCUCUUCGACGAAAAUGGACUUUGACAAUCAUGUCCGGCGUGAUCACGUUUCUGACGAUGAUGAAUGGCACGAUCAUAACGGUCGCUCACAAUGCAAUAUCCCGGGAUUUGCAUAUCUCAGACAGUUCAUUUCCCAACUCGUAUUGGCCUGUUACGUCGUGGGCGAUCGGAGUUGGAAUUUUUGCACUCUUCUUCCUUCCACUGAUGGAGGAUUUCGGGGUACGGUGGGCCUUUCUCGGCUCAUAUGCCCUCUUCAUAUGUUUCGUCAUCCCCCAGGCCCUUGCCAAGAACUUUACUACGCUUGUUGUGACCAGAUUCUUUGCUGGCGGCUUUGUCGCUAUCGUUGGUAAUACUUGCGUAUCAGUGGCGGGGAAUAUCUGGGAAGAUGAACGCGGGCGCACGAUUCCAGUGAGCAUUUAUAUCGUCGCCUACUUAUCAAGAAGCAGUAUGGGUCCUGUAGUUGGUGCUGCAAUCUUCCAAUUUCUUUCUUGGAGGUGGAUAGGAUACAUUCAGCUUAUAUGGUUCGUGGCACUGUUUCCUAUAUACGCCAUUGAAUUCCGAGAAUCUCGCGGCAGUACAAUACUUCGUCAGCGCGCGACAUUGCUACGGUCGCAAGGGAAAAGAGCAUAUACGAAGCAAGAGAUUGAUAGUGGUGGCGAAGACAAAUCCAUCGUCGAUCAAGUCCUCAAAAGUGCCGUCCGCCCACUUACACGUUUUUCAGAGAGCCAGUUGCAUUUAUCUCUACGAUGUGGUCAGCCUUCACUGUCGGUGUUCUAUAUCUUUUCACCCAGUCUGUUGAACAAGUAUUUAGUGGUCUAUAUGAUUGGACUCCGUGCCAAGGUGGGUACGUUCAGUCUGCGAUUGUCAUUGGAGAGAUGUUUGGCUGGGCUGGAACUUUGCUAUCCGCGAGGAUCUACUUUGCUUCAGCUUGUAGAAAUACCGUGA